AUGGCUCUGGAGGUUGAUGGCUCACCACGCCCACCCUCGUUUCGGUCACAUGCGCAUGGCGAGGCGUCUCACACACAGGCACAGGCACAGGCACAGGCACAAGCACAAGGAGAGGGAGAAUCAAGGCGGGUGGUUACUGCAGCAGGGGCUGGGAGUGCGGGGAACAGGGGUGCAUAUGCAGGGGGAGGUGGGGCAGCGGAGAUGGGCAGAGAGGAGGGGGAGUGGGACGAUGGCGCUGGGCAGCUGGCAGUGCCUCUAAGGUGGCUCAUGCGGGGCCGAACAGAGGGCUCCAGUGAGUGGCCCGUGCCUUCUGAGUCACACGCAGGGCAGCACCGGUACAGCCUUGCCGCUGUGGGAGAUGCAGCACGAGCAGCAACAACUACAAUGGACACGGCACCAUCACCAUCAGCAGAAUCCGAGGCAGCAGCAGCGCCGGCAGCAGCCCCGACAGUGGAGGUGGCGAGCAAGGUGCAGCAGCUGCAGGGCGAGCAGCUGGUGUACUGGGCGAGCAACUCCAGCACCCUGGAUAGCGGCAAGUGCACCGACGCCCCCUGCACUGCGCUCACGCAGCAAUACGCGCUGGAGAUGCCUGUGGGCUGCCAGGUGGGCGGCGUGCGCACGAGCAGGCGCUGCCAGUACAUGUUGGAGUAUGGAGAUGGCAGCACCACGGCGGGGGACCUCCUCUUUGACUCCCUCGCACUGCUCUCCACCUCCCGGAAAUCCGCCAACGCCACCAUCGCCUUCGUUGUGUAUUGCGUGUGCAUUCGCAUUCUUGCCUCACCCCUCCCUGCUCCCGCCCUCCCCUCUCCGCCCCUCCCCAAUCCUCCCCUCCCCCCUCCACCCCUUCCUACUCCCCCCAUCCCUUAUCCGCCCCUACCCACUCCCCCCAUGUCCCCACCUCCCUUCUCCCUCCCUUCCCGCUCCCCCCCCCCCCCCUUCUCCGCCCCUCCCGUCUCCUCUCCUCCCCUUUCCGCCCCUCUCCACUCUUGCUCCCUUCUCCGCCCCUCCCCCCCUCCCUCCCCCCCUCCCUCCCCCCCACCCGUCCCUUCUCGGGGCCACUUUAGCUGCGGAUGGAAGUGCCAUUCCAUGCGAGUCACGCUUCUCCCAUGCGCACCGUCCCCCUUCCCCCCUCCCUUCAGCUGCGGAGUGCACCAGACGGGCCGCCUCGCCUCGCCCUCCUCCACGGCGUCCCUCAGCGGGGUCAUGGGGCUGGGCCGCGGGCCCCUGUCAGUGGUAACGCAGCUGGCGGCGCAGGGCGUGCUGCACGAGUCCUUCUCGCUCUGCCUCGAGGGCCGGCAGCGCGGGGGGCACCUCGUGCUGGGGAGGCGGCGCCUGCCUGUUACUAACGCCACCGUCACUGCUCCCCUCGCACCCUCCGCUGACCUCACGGUAUACCGCCUGCCCCUGCUCGCCCUCUACCUCGCCCAUUCGCCCAUUCCCCUGCCCAACGGCACCACGGCCAUCACCGUUGCCCCGCCCCCACACGGCCUCUCCACGCCUGCCUCUGACUCCUCCUUCCUGGGGGGCGAUGGGGGGACUGCGGACCCGGGGGGAGGUGGUGGGGUCGGGGGAGACAGUGGCGGGGGGGAUGGUGAGGGCGAUGCGACUGGGGGGACGGCAGGGGGGGUCGCUGCCGACAGGGGCGCUCCCUUAGCAUCCCCUGCUCAUCCCCCCAUCUCAUCCCCCCUUCUCAUCCCCCUUUCUCGUCCCCCCUGUGCUUCCCUCAUUCCCCAUGUCCUCCCCCUGCUCAUCCGCCAUGCCCUCCCCCUGCUCAUCCCCCACCCCCCCUUCCCCCCCCUGCUCAUCCCCCCUGCCCAACCCCCCUGCCCUGCCACCACCAGGACCAGUGCGGAGCUGGCGUCCACCUACCCGCCUCUGCUGCUUGACUUCUCAGCCAAUCUGCUCUGGGCCGUGCCUGCCUACAACUACCUCUUCCACAAGAACGACACACUGCUGUGCAUUGCAGCCAUAGGAUACCGGCAAUCCAACACCACGUACAUAGGAGGGUCGUGGCUUCGCAACAACGACGUUCUUUUCGACCACGAGACAAACACAAUUGGAUUCGUGCCCAUGAAUUGCACCUCAGGGCAGCUCAUCAACACCACCACGAGUGCCAUCAUCCGCUCCUCCCCCGCCAUCUUUGAGAAUCCACCCGAUGACAGCUAUGACGAGUCUUCGGGCCGGCACAUUCAACCGACCAUGUUAUGGUCCACACUUACUGUUUUAGGAAUGGCUAUAGCCUUUAUGUAG